AACGUCACUUCUAACGUUUGGGGCAAGAACGUUUCAGGAAAUCAAGGGGGACCAACGCUCAGCGCAGGAGAGAAAGGCAACAAGCUACUGGACCCGCCGCGCCUCCCGCGCCGGGGUGGAGCUGACCCCGCAGAGCCCCGCCCCAGCCUGCGUCUGCCAAUGGUCCAGGAGCCGCUCCUCUCCACUCGGGAAACCUUCAGAGGAGUCUCAGAAAGGACACGGCUAGCUGCUUUUCUCAGCGCCGAAGCCGCGCCAUGCUUGUCCUCAGAAGCGCCCUGACUCGGGCGCUGGCCUCACGUACGCUGGCGCCUCAGGUGUGCUCAUCUUUUGCUACAGGACCCAGACAAUACGAUGGAACAUUCUAUGAAUUUCGUACUUAUUACCUUAAACCCUCAAAAAUGAAUGAGUUCCUGGAAAAUUUUAAGAAAAAUGCUCAUCUUCGGACAGCUCACUCUGAAUUGGUUGGAUACUGGAGUGUAGAAUUUGGAGGCAGAAUGAAUAAAGUGUUUCAUAUUUGGAAGUAUGAUAAUUUUGCUCAUCGAACUGAAGUUCGGAAAGCCUUGGCCAAAGAUAAGGAAUGGCAAGAACAAUUUCUCACUCCAAAUUUGGCUCUCAUUGAUAAACAAGAGAGUGAGAUUACUUAUCUGGUACCAUGGUGCAAAAUAGAAAAACCUCCAAAAGAGGGAGUCUAUGAACUGGCCACUUUUCAGAUGAAACCUGGUGGGCCAGCUCUGUGGGGUGAUGCAUUUAAAAGGGCAGUUCACGCUCAUGUCAAUCUAGGCUACACAAAACUAGUUGGAGUGUUCCACACAGAGUAUGGAGCACUUAACAGAGUUCAUGUUCUCUGGUGGAACGAGAGUGCAGAUAGUCGUGCAGCUGGGAGACAUAAGUCCCAUGAGGAUCCCAGAGUUGUGGCAGCUGUUCGGGAAAGUGUCAACUACCUAGUAUCUCAGCAGAAUAUGCUUCUGAUUCCUACAUCGUUUUCACCAUUGAAAUAGUUUUCUACUGAAAUACAAAACAUUUCAUUAACUGCUAUAAGAUGUGUCUGCUAAUGGUGCUUAAAUUCUCCCAAGAGGUUCUCACUUUUAUUUGAAGGAGGUGGUAAGUUAAUUUGCUAUGUUUCUUGCAUUUUGAAGGCUACAUCUGUGCUUUGUAACUACCACUUCAAAAAAUAGUUGUGUUUACUUUCUCCACGGUAUUUCAGUAUCUGUCAUACAUUAAAAAUACUUGUCACUGUUUUAAGAUCUUGACUCUUCAUUUGUUUCAGAAUAUCUCUUCUACUUUAUUCUGACAACUCUUUGCUUUAUAGCAUUUUCUUGUACUCAAAUGAUAAUGGUAACAUUUCCAUGCUUGUGACAGCAUUUUUAAAUAAUAUAUUUUAUCAACCUUUCCAUCAUGUCUGUUUUCCUGUUUUUUUUGUUUUUUGUUUUUUGUCCAGUAACAUUUAUUUUUUAAUACCAAAUAGCAUUCAUGAAAAUUAACAUAUUUCUUUACUGUGGAAAACUACAUUGUCAUUUGUGACAUCUAUAUUAAAUACGGUUUUCACAUUAGUUAUUUGUCACUUACUUGGAAAAUGAUGCUGUUAGGUCCUGGUAUUAAAAAUCUAGAAAAGAUUUGUUGGUUUAUAUGCUGAAAUGUCUUUAUUUAUAAUUAAUUUUAACUAAUAUUUACUUCAUUUUGGAUCCUGUUUAACAAAGAUACUUGAGACAUACAUUUGUUUUAAUGAAAUCUUUACGGAUAUGGAAAUGUUUGCCCUAAUAAAAGCCUACAUAUACA